GGUGGAGGAGGACAGGGGAUGGGGAUGCAGCAACGCCAGCAGCCGGCGACGGCGCCAGCGACGAGAGGGGCCUUGGCAGCUGCAGCAGCCCCUUCCGCUGGCGGUCGGCCGCCUGAGUCGUCGCUCGCGUCUCAACUUGCCUCCCCUGCCUCCAAGAGAACCCUGCCGACGGUGGCGGAGGCGGUUGGAGGUGCAGGGGGUGCCAGCGGUGGUGGAGGUCCGGUUGCUGAAGCUGUGAGUCGCCAGGACCUCUCUUCUCAAUCGGAGCCGAGACGAAGCGAUGGGGGCGUAGAGGGGCAUGUAAGCGACCCCGAUGUGAGCACCGCUGUGGGCCGCCUGGCUUGGCUGACGUCCUGCUUCAGCGGCGGCGGCGGCGGUAUUGAUGCAGCACCGGCAGCGGUUUCCGCUGUACCGCACGGGACAGCACGUGCAAACGGCGCUGCCGUGCCCGAUGGCUUGGGGAAGGAAGCCAAGCCCGGGCCAGCAGCGGCGCCGGCUCCAGCGGGCUCAGCAGUGGCGGCGGCGCCGGCCGCACAGCAGACCCCGCAAGCACGGCGGCUCGCGGCGCCUGCGGCUCCCGCAUCCGGCCUGGGUGUGGGAUUAGGAGCCGGUCGGGGUGCACGGCAGGAGCCGCAGCAGGUACUGCCGCGACCGCCGCCGCCUCCAGCGCAGCCGCAGCUGCCUCUGGGCGAGGCGUUGGAGCUGCUGAUCUGCGUGGCGGAGGCGCUUCGGAACCUGCACCGGCGCGGAGUGACCCAUGGGGCGCUCACACCGCAGACGAUCCAGGUGCAGCUGCUGAUGCCGCCGGCUGCUGCCGCUGCGGCGGAGGCGGCGCCGGUGGACGCGACGGGAGGGGCUGUGGCGGGGGUGGCCGAGGAGCAACCGCGGACAGAGACACAACUAGAUGGGAGAAAGCAGCAAGAAGAAGGCAGUCCCGCAAAGAUUGGCAUCCAAGGCGAACAACGGGCAGAGCAGGGACCACCCCAGAACUCCAGAACUCCGGAAUCCAAUCCUGGAACACCUGGCAAGGACUCCAAGAGCACUCCUGCUGCUACUGCACCGCCCUCGACCUCCACCUCGACAGCAAACCCCGACGGAAUCAGGCCCGCCUCAGAUGCGGGCAACGCGGCUGAUGUCCUGCCAAGCGCCCCCAGCCCCUUCACCUCCAGCUUCAUCUCACCCUUUGCCGCCGCAGCAGCCACCGCAGCUGCCUCGCCCGGCUCACCUUCGCCUUCGCCUCCCCUGCGUAGCCAUCCGCACUCCCCGAUCGCUCGCGUCGGCGGUGCCGGCAACGUCCCCACGUCACCCACGACCGAUGCAGCAGCGGCAGCAACAGCAGCCGGCAAGCCCACGAUCUCGUCACCUCAGGGACGUCCCCCGCUGCCGCUGCCCCCCUCAUCAGCCCUAUCAGCCGCCACUGCAAGCACGCGUUCCGGCCGUACCAGGCCCGCACAAAACCCACGUUUCAGUGCUGUCGGCGGCGACAGUGCCUCAAAGCCAGCAGCUACAAACGCCGAAAGCGCAGCUGCUGCCGAUACAGCACCACCCAGCGGCGGCGGCGGCGGUGGCCGGACCGUCCGAACCCUCAGUGCACUGCUGCCCCUUCCGGCCGUAGGUCCAGCGGUGCUUCAACUCCAAACCUGGGGUCGCGCGCGACCCAUGGGUCUCCCCCGCGACCACCUCCUGUGGUGCGCGCCCGAGAUCCUGAACCCCAACGGUCCCGGAGCGGCUGCUGGGCAGCUGCCGCUGUUUGGUCGUCGCAGCGGCGGCGGCAGCGGCGGCGGCAGCACGGGCACGUUGGGACUGGGUCCGCUGGAUCGAAGCCUGGGCUGCCGUGGACUGGGCGCGGCGAUGGGGGCGAGUAACGCACGUGGUGUCCGGGGUGGCGGCAAUGGCGGCAACCAGAGGGCGUUUUUCGAUGGGAGUUAUGGUGGCAUGAGCUACGGAGCGAGUAUGGGAGCCAGCCGGAGGGCGAGGUAUAAUGGAGGUGGCGGUACGGCGGCGACGGUCGGCUCGGCGGAGUACCCUGGAGCCGGGGGGAGUGCGGGAGCUGCAUCGGGCAUCACGCCUUCAUGCGAUGUUUACUCGCUGGGGCUGCUGAUGUGGCAUGUGGUCUCCGGUCAGACGCCCUUCCACCACCUCACCACGCCGGAGCAAGUGCUCCGCGUCAAGGAGGUGGGCUACCUGGAUGAGCAGCUGCCCUUCAGCUCGGGCCUGCCGCAGGCCUACGUGCGACUCGCGCGCCGCUGCUGGUCGCUGCUGCCCCUGCAGCGCCCAUCCAUUCGGGUGGUGCUCGCGGAGAUGCGUUCGCUGCAAGCCGAGCUGGAGGGCCGCACCCCUGCGCGAGACCCCCGGGACAUGCGCGGCCUGGGCAGCAGCCUAGGUGACUUCACCUACGACUCGCGCCUCUCCUUCACCCUCUCCGUCGCCCUAUCCAGCCGGGAACUCGGACUCGAAGACUGCACCCUGCCCGCCCGGCCCCCGCUUGAACUCGCCUUCGGCGUCGCCUCACAAAGCAGGGUGGAGGGCGGUGGUAGUGAGGCUGGCUACGCAGGGGGUGCAGGAGCCGACGGCAGUGCGACAGGGGUGGCGGCGGCGGCGGCUCCGCCGCCGCCGCUGCCGCUGACGGCGUCCCUGCCGCCGGGGCUCCUGACGGCGCUGACGGCGCCUCGGGCUCCAACGUCACGACGCGGCAGUGCUGGCGGCGGCGGCGGUCUCAUGGAUGACGAGGACUAUUCCGACCGCUUUACGGACACCAAUGAGCAUACCGAGGCGAGCGUUACACCCGUGAGCUCGCCGUUGAUGAAGGAUGGAACCACGGGUCGCGGCGGCAACAACAGCAUGGCGGGGCGCAUGGUUGCAGCCAUGGCGUCAAGGAGUUUCCGUCUGGUAGGCUGCGGCGGCGGCGGCGGCGGGGGAGGACGCAGCGGCAGGGGUGGCGCUCCAGGCCCAUAUGUUGGCGGCUUUGCGCUUGCUGGUGGUAGCACGGGGAGGAGUGCCGCGGGGACAGCAGCAGCGGCAGCGGCGUCAGCUGCGGCUGGCGGCUGGCUGACGAAUGCUGAUGGCGUGCGUCGCGGCGGCGGCGGCGUUGCUGGAGCCAGUGGGAAUUGGUGUAGUGGCGACGGCGAGGGCAGCAGUGUCGGCGGUGCGGCUGGUGGCGGUGCUGGUGGUGGAGGCGGUGGUGGAGUUCACGGUCGCUCUGGCGGUGGUGGCAAGCCGCGUACCAGCAGCAGCAGUAGUUCAAGCACCGGCCGCCAUGCAAGCAGCGGAAACAUUGCUGAUCGGCAUGCAUUUAAGCGGCUCGCCGCUGGGGGCGGCGGUGGGGGCGGCAGCAGCAAGAGCCUGCUUGGGGCGACGGCCACACGUGUUACUGGUGUAGCCUUGAUGCCGAGGGGGGAGGCAGCUGCAGCUGCUGUUGCCGGGGUCACCGCCAGCAGUGCCCACACGGGUGGGGCCAAGUAGUGGUGGCCGUUAACCGUUGCUCGCUAAUUGUUGCCAAAAGUAUUUUUGUCGGCAGGUAAUUGCUUUUUGCAUUUGCGAGUAGUAGUGAACGCCGGUGGGUUAGAGGGGGGGGGGCGGCGGCAAAUGGAGAGGUUUUGCGACGGGAGGCAAUCUGCGUUGACUCGGCUUGGUGACGGCGACGGUAGGGCGCUGUAUAUCGGGUAGAGGUUGAAAUAAAAGGUGGUUGUAGAAGGCUUUUUGUGGUUGAAGAAAAACGUGGUUGAAGCAAGCGCUUAAAGAAAAAAGUGGUUGUAGGAAGCUUUUCGAGACUCGCCAUGGGAGCAGUUGACACUGUGCAUGCAUGGUAGCGCGUGUAGGGAAGACGAGACGGGAAGGUGGAAGUUGUGGUUUGGGAGUGCAUUCCAUGUUCAGGUGAUGAUGAUGGUGAUAUGAGAUUGGCGAGAAAGGAGGGAAGCGAGGCGGCUAUGCGUGUUUGUGAAGUUUGUGGGGUUCCGUGCGCGCCACCCCUCCACGGAAAGAAGCAACACAACGAAAUCACUCUGGAAUGCAAAAUGAGCCAUUCACUCACCACAUCGGUGUAUUUCAUUCUGCUGUGCAAAGCGCCUGGCGGGAUACAACGUGUGCCUUGCUCAAAACGGUUUUUGUUUGCUUGCGGAAAAGCAAGUCCUUGCAAAGACACCUUCCUGUGUCGUCUUUGUUGUCGUAAGCCACCUUUCCCACAAGCACACGAAACAGCCGCUUGGCUCACACAGGCGCCGUCGACGCCGCUUCCGAACACAUAACGGAUGCGAGUUGCGCGUAGCGUCGAGCGUAGUAGCAGCAGCUGCUGCCGCUGCGGGUGUCUUUUUGAAAAAUCAUUCAAUGAUGUACACGUGUUUGUUUGGUCUCGGGUUUACGUGUACCCUUGUUGUUGCCUUGACCCGUACCUUAGACUGAACACAUACCGGGGCCGUUUUGUGUGUCCACCCACCCGUCCGCAGGGAAACAUGUGUAGGUGUGUUUGCAAGGCGCUGUGUAUCGGUGACGUGUAUCCGUGAACAGGAGGGGAGGGGGCACCGCUGCAUGGCGACACCACUUGGCGAAAAGCUGCUUUGCUUUGCUGUUCGCCUGUGGUUUUUGGCCUUUUCCUGCUCACUGAAGGUUGGACUCCCCUGACUAUGUCGUACGGUAGAGGGGUUUGGUGCUUUCCGGAAAGAAAGGCGUUAAGGCGCCUUGCAGCAUUCCAACAGUUUGACGGCGGCAAUGUGUACCGGACGUGUUGUUACCAGUAGGGCUCGCCUGUCCGCUGCGAGUGUAUGGUCGGUUAACUCAUGUAGCCUCUCGCGCCUGGCUGCAAGACAUUUUGUUUCAAAGCUCUGCGGUCCGUCUUGUUGUUCUUUUGUAUCUUGUCGUGUCACAUGAAGAUGUGCGUGUACGUGUUGUAAAGUUGUUUGUUUGCUACACCCCUCGCAACACGUGUCAUUUCAGUCGACAACGAAUUGCAUGACAAAUUGCUCUCGUUUGUUUGGUUGUUGGCGUGUUUUAAUGAGUUGUUCAAACGGUAUUACCGGUUUCGGCUAGCGGGGUUGGUGGAGUACGAGGGAUAUUAAGUACGAUAAGUACACACGGUUUUUAUGCAUGCACACCCAAUAAGACAUGGGUGGAGCCUCCUGUUGAGGAGAUGGUGUUGGGAUGGCGUGCUACGCCUCAUCAACAAGGCGAAGAAAGCGUUCACCAAGGAAGGGGACUGGAGGAAUGAUCGUGUGUGGGGUUUUUGUUACCCGGCGGAAAGGAACGGUGCCCAUUUCACGGAUUACAACGAGUGACGUUGAAAAGAGGAGUCCUUUGUUGACACGGUUCGUCGCCUGGGGGGCGGAGCCAUGUGAUUUAUG